AUGCACUCCAAUCGCUUGCUCAAAUCUUUUGGACUUUGGCUCGUAUCUAUCAUAUCUGUAGUGCAGUGUUAUCAAGACUACAACUGUGCCCAAGAUAUGGUCAUAUCAUCGGCCGAUGUUAAAAAAGCCCACGAAAGGGCCAUCUCGCGCAUAAAUUAUCCGAAUAAAUAUGAAAAUUUUCUGAUUAAUGUUAAAUACAGAGGAAAUAUAACUCCCACAGCUAAUCCCGCUUAUUAUUGGUUUGUGACGCAAUUGCCGGGCUCCCAAGGUCAGCUGGGAAUAAAGUACUAUUUGCUGACUUCAGCGUCGGGCAACAUUUUGGGGAUGAUAAGCUCUGGCUGGGGGAUGGAGCUUGGCACAAGCGACACCUGGUGUACCUAG